UUGUAUUAACAUUGUACUCUGCAUGCAACUGCGUUGUUUCACUGCAAUUUUUCUCGAGCAAUUGUUUGUUUUUGUUGUGACUUUCUAAAGAAAUUGUUGAAUUUUCCCUGGCAAAUAUCUUAAAGACCCAAUCACGAAAUGGCUCUUGCCAAUGUUUUGCUAUUAAGUCAAAUAACAGGGCAUGUAAUUAUUCUGAUUUUGGCCCUUUGUGUGGUGGUGCCCUUAAGCUUUAAUAUACAUGACUUUUGUGGCCAUUGUUUGCUCUUUACGACGGGAAAAUGGCGUGAAGAGGACGGCAUGUUUGAUCCCAAAUGGGCCUCAUCAGAUUUCUGUAAUUUCCCAUUGGUCACAGGCAUUUUCAUGUUCAUCAUAUCAUCGACGCAAAUCUAUCGCUAUGCCCGCAUGAAGGAUGAGGAAUCAUUUUUGGCUCUGUUUGUUGAUGUGGUCCUAAGCAUUUGGAUGCUGGCAAUGUCCAUUAUCUCAUCGAUAAUGAUAACAUUGGGUUUCAUUGUCUGGUGCGAUGGCAUGACUGAACGUUUUCCAACGUGUGAAAUUACAGCUGGACAAAAUAUCAUACAUGCCAAUACGGAUAAUAUUGAUAAUUCCAGGUUUUAUAUUGAAAUGGGAACGGCACAGUUUGGUGCCUGGGGUGCAUUUGCCAUUAAUGUGGGCAUUGGUGUAAUUGCCCUCCUUAAACUGAUCAACAACCAUCAAGUGCGCAACAUAAAGGUUUCCAUGUACUUGGAACGUCAACGUUUAGUAAACCAACAUCAAGUACAGCAAGACGGUCGUUCUACACCACCUGCAAUGUCCUCCAGCGAUUCGGAACAAGCAAAAUAGUUGAGCUAUUCAAAGCAAUGUCAUUGUAAGCGUUCUCAAUGUGCUGGGCAACAUCACCACACCGAUCGCAUCGUGCUCGAAGACGAAAUUGUAUUAAUAUUUUUUAUUGUAUGCAUAUGUUUUCUACUACUUUUAUUAUCUCAUUUUAUUGUAGUUAUUAUGUUUGAAACUGAUUCCAGGCAGUGAACAAGUUAUAUAUAAGUUAAUUAUCAAUUUAUAAAUGUUUGCCAAAUAAGAAUGUAAUUACUGGCACACACACCAUAAUUGUAUAAUUUAAAAUAAUUUCAUUUAAUUAAGUCAUCUAGUAAAAUAUCCUUGUCCCCUGUUUUCCAAACAUUGUCAAUAAUAUUCAUAACUAUAUAAAAUCUCUAGCAAAAGACAAUAUUCUUGUCCAAGAAAAAAAUUGUAGGGCUUAAAAAUAUUAUUCAAAUAUUAUGCCAAUUCCCAAUAAACAGUGUGGAAUGUAUACUCACAAAAUGUGCGAAAGAUGAUUAAAUAAAGAUGGAGUUAUCGAAGGAGAAAUUGAAACAACAUAAA